AUGUACGUGGGUCCUUGGGAGGAGUACCGCCUCAUGAAGGCCAUGGAGGAGUUGUGUUGGCUUAGAAAUCAUGUCCAGGCGGACUCGAUGGUACUUCCUUUACCAUGUGAUCCGGUUUCCACUCCUGGAAGUAGUCAUCACCUCCGUCCCAGUUUAGAAACGGCUGGAGGAUCCAGUCCGGCGCGAAGGCGGUUAGCCGAUUCUGCCAAUGGCAACUUGCCAGGUUGUGGCAACAGCAGCGACAAGGUGAGGUCACCAUCACGUGGAAGUGAGAACCGCGUCGGAGGUGGCCUUCCCGUUGCUUAUGGUGGGAACUCGGUUCUCAUGAAAACUGGAACGAAUCAGCUGAACGCAGUACCCGGUCAUUCGAUCUUCAAGACACUGGGAGAGUUCCGUACCUCUUCAUCUCCAAUGUGCGAGAGGCUUGUUAUUGAAGACCCAGGUACUGCCAGAGGACAUGCCCAACCGAAAUGUUGUGUGGAUUCCGGUAGGCAACCUCUUGACGCACGGCAAUCUGUAGGGGAUAAUUGUGUCCCCAGCACCACUUUUGAGCAGACUGUACAUGUGGAAUUGGGUACAGGAGUUAUACUAAGGAAGUUGAGGAAAAAGAAAACAGUGUCGCCCUCACCACUCACAAGUAGCGAGUUCAGUUUAUUGGAUUCGGUGGAGGGCAUCACGACCCAAAAAAGGUUAAACAUGCUGAGAGAAUUAGGGCUCGCCCCGCCUCUAGACACAAGGAGUAAGUACGUGCUGGCAAAGCAAAAGUUACCCCCAAGCAGUAGCUCAAACAAGGAAAAGGAGAAGGCUAAAAUCGAAGAAAUUCAGGAACAGAUUGAACGGCGCCUCCGCCUGCAGAUGUUGUACAGCGCUGGCAGAGACAGUGCGUCGCCUUUUCCCUACGGCAGCGCGGAGGCGGCUUUAGAGAAUUCUACAGGGAGUGCGAGUGUUGAGUGCCGUGAAUUGGGCGCAGCACAAACCACCCCGCACGUACCGUGGGACCUUCCAAAUGUUGUGUCAAUUAGUUCAUUAGCGCAGGGCACCACAAGCACACCUCAAUUCGUGGCAAGCACUGAAAAUAGGUUACACCAGGCCGCUGGUGUCAAUGCUGAACCGCAGCGACUGCCUCUCUUGACACACCCGGGUGUUGCGAAUAUGCCAGCGAGCUCACUUCCAUUGAGAGAGGGUAGUGAAAGGGUUGUUAGCACGGGCUUCACAGCCGAAAUGUGCCCACAAACGAAAAAUAUUGAGGUCAGAAGGCAAUCAAGUGUGCGUACCCCACCACUAUUGGGUGCUGGAAUGCAUAAUCCGAGCGUUUCAGGGGGGAUGCAGCCACAGUCGUUGGACACCCCCGCCGUGACCAGACAGGUGGAAGCAGAACAGUUUGAUGAUGAUAUGGUUGGUGACCUGAUCAAUUGGGCGGAACAGUUGGACCCUGAUAGCAUUGUUUGA